UUUUUGUUCUUUCUGAUAGGUUUCUCUGCUGCUCUUUCAUAUUCGCACGAGUGUUGCGUAUUUUAUGUUCAGAAAACUUGAGUAAUCAUUCGGUACUUCCAAUUCACUGCAGCGAAUUCUUUUCACUUACGUAUUAUAUGCUUAUCGAGUGUGGUGUGAUAAAAGUUCCAGUUCAUCAAAUUAUUCACCGGGUUGCGGACUCGCGUACAGAUAGAUUUGCCUACAGUAAGCCAGUCGUUGAUCGGUGCUUCAGCUGUGCGGUUGAGGUAAAAGGUGAAUUUCUAGGAAGUAGUUUCGUGUCAUAGUCUUCUAAAGUAGUUGGAUUACUAGUAUUUGGAAAUGGCACUCUCACUUUGCACCGGUAAGGUUUUUACCGCCUUCCGGAUCAACCAGCGGACGUUUCAAGUAACUAAGAUCCUUUCCUGUCGCUACUCUACCAAGAAGGGCUCAAAGAUCUACGAAAGCGCCGAUGAGGCAGUUGCGGACAUCCCAGACGGAGCCAAGCUGCUGGUCGGCGGUUUCGGCCUAUGUGGCGUACCGGAAAAUCUCAUUGGCGCAUGCGUGAAGAAGGGUGUCAAAGAUCUGACGGUGGUGUCCAACAAUGCCGGUAUCGACUCCUUCGGUCUUGGCUUGUUCCUCCAACAGCACAUGAUCAAGCGCAUGAUCGCUUCCUACGUCGGCGAAAAUGCCGAAUUCGAACGGCAGUACCUGACCGGCGAGUUGGAGCUGGAGCUGACCCCACAAGGAACUCUGGCGGAGCGUAUCCGUGCUGGUGGAGCGGGAAUUCCAGCCUUUUUCACACCAACUGCCUACGGAACAUUGGUUCACGAAGGUGGCGCACCGAUCAAGUACGGCAAAGACGGAUCGGUUGAGAUCGCCAGUCAGCCUCGACCGAUGCAGAUGUUCAACGGAAAACCGUACAUUAUGGAAGAAGCCAUCGUAGGUGAUUUUGCGCUAAUUAAAGCUCACGUUGCGGAUGAGUCGGGCAAUCUAAUAUUCAACAAAUCAGCACGAAACUUCAACCCGACCAUGUGCAAAGCAGCUAAAACUACCAUCGUUGAGGUGGAGGAAAUUGUUCCUGUAGGAUCCCUGAAUCCUGACCAGGUGCACAUGCCCAGCGUGUUUGUGCAUCGCAUCAUCAAGGGAGCUAAGUACGAAAAGCCAAUCGAACGACUAAGGAUACGCGAGAGUAAAAAAGUCGGUUCCGUUGUGGCUUCCACGCCCGCUGCUAAGCAGCGGGAGAGAAUUGUCCGACGUGUCGCACUGGAGUACAAAGAUGGAAUGCACAUUAACCUGGGUAUCGGUAUUCCAGUAUUAUCUUCCAACUACAUCAAAGGAAUCAACGUGCUGUUACAGUCAGAGAACGGCAUCCUUGGACUUGGUCCCUUCCCGGAGAAACACGAAGUCGAUCCGGAUCUGAUCAAUGCUGGCAAGGAGAGCGUUACCGUAUUGCCGGGAGCAUCCUACUUUUCGUCGGACGACAGCUUUUCCAUGAUUCGCGGUGGACACAUCGAUAUCACCGUGCUCGGUGCGAUGCAAGUGUCGCAGUUUGGAGACCUGGCCAACUGGAUGAUUCCUGGCCGUUUGGUGAAAGGUAUGGGUGGCGCUAUGGAUCUCGUGUCCGCACCGGACACCAAGUGUAUCGUAACGAUGGAACACAAUGCCAAGGACGGUUCGCACAAAAUCCUCGCCGACUGCACGCUGCCAGUGACGGGUAAGAAUUGUGUCGAUAUGGUCAUCACGGAGAAAGCGGUGUUCAACGUUGACAAGGAACGGGGUCUCAUACUGAUGGAAAUCGCCGAUGGCAUUACGGUGGAAGAAAUAAUCACCAGCACCGGUUGCAAUUUCGAAGUCUCACCGGAUUUGAAACCGAUGGGUCAGGUACCGGAGUGAGCGGGAUUGGUGGUUGUUUAGGUUGUAAUUGAUAUAUGCUCUACGUAAUGAUGCGGUAUCUCACACAUUGCUGGGAAAUAUGUGGAUCAUGUGAAAGACCUCAGGAACGGGCACUUUUUAAUCAGUUGUGUCAUUGUUCUUCAUUUGCCUUUUGAAGAUUAUUAGGGUUAGUAAGUGACACACUAUCGUGUUAGUGUAUAAAGCUGUUUUUGUUACUGCAGUUACAAAGUACGCAUAAUUGGUCGAAUUUUUAAUCCGAUAUACAAGGUAUACAACGUACUAAAAUAAAUAACGUAGAGAAACUA